AUGGAUGACGGCUAUCAGAAUGAAGAAUACUACAAUGACAAUGUGUCAGAGAAAAUAACCCACACUGAGGAAGUGCACUCGGAGUUUGAACCUACAAAAGCAGACUCAAUGAUUUUGGACCAGGGAUAUGAGAAUGCUGAGCCAGAAUAUGAGUACAUCGGGUUUUCUGGCAUACAGAUGAGAAGGCUACCAGACAACAGAGGGAAAGCAGAGCCAGCACUGUAUACAUUUGAGGAUGACAAGCGGGGACCUUUCAUCAGGAAACCCGUCAGCAUCUUCUCACUUCUGCUGCUCUGCUCCCUUAUCAUGGUGAAAGCUGCUUUCGUGAUGACAUCUGUUAGAUGCUUUUCAGUGUGUCCAGAUGAAUGGGUAGCAUUUCAGGAGAAAUGCUAUUACUUUCCCAUAAAAACAGGAAAUUGGGGUGAGGUCAGAAGCUUCUGCCGAUGGCUGGGUGCAGAUCUGAUGAUAAUUGACAACAAAAUGGAACAGGACUUUCUAAUUUAUAAAAUGGAUUCCACGAAGAAUCUGUGGAUUGGCUUGCGUUAUGCAGAGGGUGUACCAGGAUGGCAAUGGGUGGAUGGUACAGAGUUGACCUUUGAAAACUGGGAGACGCCAGAUAACAUUCAACUUACCGACAAAUAUAAUUAUAAGACCCAUUGUGUUCUUACUUCAGAUGAAGCCUCAAAGGGCAAGUGGAACAACAUUCCCUGUGAUAAGCUCCAUCUAUCUGUCUGUGAGAGGGACAAGGAGGUGACCUGCGUUCUGUGGUCUCCACUUUCACCCCACUGA